UGAUGAUGGUGAUGAUAUGGAUUUUGUUGUUUUUGUUGGCUGUGUAAAUCCUGAAUUGUUUCAUUCUGACCAAUGACUGUAGGAACCAAAAUAUCAGUUUUUAGAUAUAGUUUUCUCCCGGACCGAUUUCAUCAACGGUAGGAAGUGUCAUAAUACAAGUUAGCAUGGUGCUAGUCAGUUUAUCGAAUUGUCUCUAAUACUAUUUUAUUGUUUCACAAAAAGUUAUUACCACGUAAUGGUGAAGGUCUGUACAUAUUAUAAUAAGCUCACGAAAUGUUUGAUCUCGGUUGAGACUGUUGAACAUUUCAGGAUAGCGAGCUAUUGGUUAGCUUGUUAGCGAACACUAGUGACAGCACAGCGCUGUCAUAUUGGGAACAAGUAUAUUGCUUUUGAAUAAACCCGUUGACGUUCUCCAAUAGAAGAUGGAGCUGCAGGUGGUAUUGAUGGCUGCUGGUGGUGGUUCUCGUAUGAUGGACCUGACCUACAACACCCCCAAACCUCUGCUACCUGUAGGGAACAAGCCCCUCAUCUGGUACCCCCUCAACAUGCUGGAGAGAGUGGGGUUUGAAGAGGUAAUUGUGAUCACAACCAAAGAGGUGCAGAAGAUGAUCAGCACAGACCCCAAGACGAAGCUGGAUGUGAAGAUGAAGUUAGACAUAGUGUGUAUCCAGGAGGAUGCUGACAUGGGCACCGCAGACGCCCUCAGACACAUUCAACAGAAAAUCAAGACGGACAUCUUGGUGGUGAGCUGUGACCUGAUAACGGACGCUGCUCUCCACGAGGUGGUUGACCUGUUCCGGGCUCACAAUGCCACCCUCUCAAUGCUGAUGAGCAAAGCCCACGAGUUCACGGAGACUGUCCCUGGACAGAAGGGCAAGAAAAAAACGGGGGAGCAGAGGGACUUUGUUGGGGUGGACGGAACAGGGAAGAGGCUCCUCUUUAUGGCCAACGAGGCCGACCUGGACGAAGGUCUGGUCAUCAGGAAGUCCAUCAUGAGAAAACAUCCAAGGAUGCACAUCAGAACUGGCCUUGUGGAUGCCCACCUGUACUGCCUGAAGAAGUCUGUGGUUGACUUCCUGGCGGAUAACAAGUCUGUCUCUUCGAUUCGGGGAGAGUUAAUCCCGUAUCUUGUCCGCAAACAGUUCUCUAAAUCCAUGACCUCUCCGAAUGUCAACGAUGAAGCUGAUCAGAACCUUAAGAAAAAGGAUGGCAAUCCAAACUUGGAGAUUCAGAUCUUGUCCAGGGAUGAGGUGCUGCUGCAGCUAACCCGGGAGAGGUCCUGUUGGAAUGACCAUCGUGGGGACAUGAGUGAGGCCUACCACGGAGGACGCCUGCGCUGUUACGUGCACAUCAUGGACGAGGGCAUGUGUUACCGCGUCAACACGCUAGCGGCCUACAUCGAAGCCAAUCGCCUGGCCCCUAAGCUGUUUGAUGAGCCUGCAGUCCAUCCAUCAGCAGCGAUAUCUGUGCGCUGUCUGAUUGGUGCUGACAGCAUAAUAGGAGCAUCCUGUCAAAUCUCAGACAAGGCAUCCAUCAAAAGAUCAACGAUCGGCGCGUCCACCACCGUCAGAGAGAAGGUCAAAGUAACCAACUCCAUCAUCAUGCACGGAGUUACCAUCGAGGAGGGGUGUAACAUCCAGGGCAGUGUGAUCUGCAGUAAUGCUGUGAUCGGCCGUGGUGCAGACAUCAAAUAUUGCCUGGUAGGGAGUGCCCAGCGCAUAGAGCCAGAGGCGGAAAGGACUAAUGAGGUGAUUGUUGGAACUGACCAGCUGAUGGAGAUCUAGACCAGGGGGAGACUGACUGAACGACCAGUCCUACACAUUGCUGACAGAUCCAACAGAAACCACAGCAGUGAGGCAAACUAACUGACCACCAGGCAGUGAUGGUCCAUUGUCUAAAUAAAGCAACUUUGUUUA